AUGGCCGCCUACGCGCAGCUCGCCGCGGCGCUCGCGAAGAGGCAGCCCGGCCUGGCUGACCCGGCCUGGCUGCGCCUCGCGUGGCGCCGCCCCGUUUCGCCCCGCGGCGCCGCGGUCGCGCACAUGGACUUUUGGCUCCAGCCAAAUUUCUUCGCGGCGGCGCUCGCGAGCGGCGCGCUCGACGCCGACGCGUUCUGCAGGGCAGCAAAAGAGAGCGAAAUUCCCAACUUCAAAGGCUCCGACCUCGGCCGUUUUCCACUCGCGCCCUGGCUCCUCGCCGCGGGGCUCAACCGCCCGCCGGGCCCGCCGCCCGACGACCGCUUCCGCGUCUUCGCGCGGUCCUGCCUCCGGGGCGCCGCGCUCGACGGCGACGCCGAGUGGACCUGGGGCCACAACGUCGCGGCGCGUGCUGCGGCGCGCUCGCCGGAGGUCUGCGCGGCGUGGGUCGACUUCUUCUACGCGCCCGCGGCGGCCUGGCCCGAGCUCGCGCGCCUCGCCGCGGGGCCCUUCCGGGACACGCACCACGAGGUCGGCGUACCGACGGCUUUGCGCCUCGUCGCGCGCGGCUCCCCGCGCCUCGCGCCGCGCUGGCUCGACUGCUGGGGCUGCGCGCAGGGCUGGGCCCGCGACCCGCGCGUCGUCGCGGCCCACGGCUGCGGCCACCGCCUCGACCUCGCCCUCGAGCCCGUGCGCCACGCCUACCAGGCGCUCCUCGACGACCAGCGGCCCGCGAAGGCCGACGCCGCGCUCGAGGCCGCGAUCGCCGCGCUCGACGCGGACCUCGGCGGCUGGGACGGGACCGCGCGCUACUGGCUCGACACGCGCAAGGACCAGUGGACGUCGGGCUGCUGCGAGCUGCCGGGCCCGGCGCAGACCGCGUGCGCGUGCGCGGCGCGCGACCCGCCGGCCGAGCGCCGCGCGCGAACCAACCGCCGGUUCGGGACACUUCCAAACGCUCGUCGAAUCCGCGCCGCUUCGGCCGAUGCCGAGACGCCGCCGGGCCUCGCGGACCCGCCGAACUGCGACCGGCCGGACGUCGCCCGGGCCCCCGCGAGCCCCCCGAGCCCCCCCGGCGGCGACGACGUCGCCGGCGAGUUUUUGAGCGACGAGGUCGUGCGGACCCGCCUCGCGUCCAUGACGGCCGCCGAGGGCGACUACGCCGUCGUCCCCCACGACUACAUGACCACGGUGCAGCGCCACGGCAUGACGGCCGACUGGCGGACGAAGAUCUACACAUGGUACGGGCAGCUCACCGAGUCCUUCGCUUUGAGCGAGACGUGUUGGGAGUGCGCGCUCAACUUCCUCGACCGCUACCUCUGCGCGACGCCGCGCGUCAAGUCCUGCACGGGCGUCAACUUCCAGCUGCUGAGCGUGGCCUGCCUCUUCCUCGCGACCAAGGUCGAGGAGCCGCGGCCGAUCACGACGGCGGACUUCGUCGCGCUGUCCGAGGGCGUCUUCGCCGCGGAGGACGUGCGCCUCAUGGAGCUCGACCUGCUCUGCACGCUCGAGUGGAAGAUCCACCCGCCGACCGUCGCGGCCUUCUGCGAGCUCCUCGCGGCGCUCGUCGACGGCCGAGCCGCGGCGCCCGCGACGCGCGCGGCGAUCGCGGCGACGGCGCGCGGCCUCGGCCGGCGCGCGCUCGCGGACCCGGCCUUCCUCGCCUACCCGCCGUCCAUGGUCGCCGUCAACGCGACGAUCUGCGCGAUGAAGCAGCACGGCCUCGGCCCAUCGGACGUCGACGCGUGGAUGGCGCGCGUCCGGCGCUGCGCGCUCUCCUACGCGGCGCGCGGCGACGCGGCGCGGCGCGUCGUCGACUGCGGCGCGCGGCUCUUCCGCCUCGCCUGCCCCGACGCCGACGCCGACGCCGAGGUCGCGGCGUCGACGCGGCGCACGCCCAAGGCGCGCGGCGCCGGCGACGACCGGCGAUCGCCCGACGACGUCACCGCGGACGUCGCCGCCGAGCGCGGCGAGGCCAUGCGCGACGACGACGCCGCCGCGGCGUGA